AAUUCUGAAGCACGAGCAGCCAGCCAUUUUGUUUGUCCAGCUGAAAGUCGUCGCGGCAGUGCAUUAUUCACACACACACACAGUGGGAGAGGGAGAGAGAAGCGAAAAUGGCGGAGCCGGCGGUGACAUUCCUGCUGGAGAACGUGCAGAAGCUGCUGGUGGACCACAUCAACCUGAUCUCCGGCGCCGAGGCGGAGCUGCGGCACCUGCAGAAUGAGCUGGAGCUGAUGAAGGCCUUCCUGAUCGAAUCGGCGAACAAGAGAGAGAAAGGGGAAGUUUUCCGGCAGCACGAGCGCCAAAUCAGAGAGGUCGUCUACAAAGCCGAGGACACCCUCGACGCCUGCCUCACGCAGGCCGCCGCCGAGAAAUCCAAGUCCUUCAGCUUCAAGACUCUCAACCACAAGCGCUACGACCUCGCCAAGAAGGUCAAGGCCCUCCGCGAGCAAGAGGUCCAACCCAUCUUCGACCGCGCCCGCUUAGGCUUCGCCACCCUGCCCAUGGCCGAUCCCGCCACCGCCGGACCUGAAAGGCCCAAGACUGAAGAUAAGAAGGUUCCUUUGUUGAGAGAAGACAAUGUUGUGGGUUUCGAUGGUGAGGCCGAAACUGUAAUUAAAAAACUCACUGAAGAAUCAGCUGAACUUGAAGUUAUUUCCAUCAUUGGCAUGCCUGGCCUCGGGAAGACGACUCUGGCAUGGAAGAUUUAUCGCGAUCCUCAAAUCCAAUACGAGUUCCCUACUCUUAUUUGGGUCUAUGUUUCUCAAGAUUACAACAUAAAAGAGGUUUUCCUCAGCAUUCUGAAAAAGUUUACUCAGCAAGACAUGUCUUGUUAUGACCAAAGUGAGUUGGCCAGAAAAGUUCGAUCCUAUCUUGAGAAACCGAAAUUCUUGUUAUUCAUGGAUGAUGUAUGGACUGAUGAAGCCUGGAAUCAUAUUCAGGCUGCCUUGCCAAAGUCUAAUAAGUUCGGAAGAGUCUUGAUAACGACCCGUGAUGAAAAAGUGGCUUGGCACGCCUGCAAACGAGAGCCUCACAGGUUGGGUUUCCUGGAGCUCAAGGAAAGCUGGGAGCUUCUCCAGUUAGAAGUAUUUUCACGGCUCGAUGCAUGUCCUAAAAAUGUGGAACUGCUUGGGAAACAUAUAGCCAAACAGUGUGGAGGAGUGCCUCUGGCAAUAGUGGUGAUAGGAGGAAUUCUGGUUGAGAAAUUUUCAAGCAGUGAUAUGAAAGCAGAAUGGGAAAAGGUAUCGGCUAGUGUGAGUUCGCAUCUGAACUCGGACAAGCAGAAGCGCACUGAAAAUAUCAUCCUAUUGAGUUACAACAAGUUGUCUUAUAACUUGAGAGACUGCUUUCUCUAUCUGGGGAUGUUUCCUGAAGAUUCUGAGAUCUCCGCUUGGAGAUUGAUUCAUCUGUGGAUCGCAGAAGGAUUCAUACAACAAGAGUUCGAUAAGAGCUUGGAGGAAGUGGCGGAGGAAUAUCUGGGGGAGCUCAUUGCCAGAAACUUAGUCAUGGUUGAUAAAACUAAGGCUAAAGGUGAUGUCAAGACAUGUCGUGUUCACGACAUGAUCCGCGAAUUCUGCAAGAGUCAGGCUGCGUUUGCAAAACAGAAUCUGUAUCAAGAGGUGAAAAAAACAGCCGAAGGAACCUUUUUUCCUCCUAUCUCUGAUGUGCCAAACUAUCGUAGACUUUGUAUUCAUUCGUACGUAGUGGAUUUCCUGCGCAAGAAGCCCAAGGGUCCGCUUGUACGUUCUUUCGUGUGCUUCUCCAAAGAACCAAUUAUUUUCGAACCAGACUGCACUUCGUUGAUCCCUGAUGCCUUCAGUUUGCUCAGAGUUUUAGAUGCGAAUCCCAUCAAAUUCACUAAAUUUCCCUCUAAGAUCACCCAACUAAUUCAUUUGAGGUACAUUGCUUUGUCUGGUGAUCAAUUCAACAGUCUUCCUGAUGCUAUCUUGAAGCUCUGGAAUCUACAGACUAUUAGAAUCGACACAUUGUCGCGUACAUUUGAGAUCAAAACAGAUAUAUGGAAGAUGUUGCAGCUGAGGCAUCUGAAGACAAAAGCAGCUAUUGUUAUUAGCAAGGAAGCAAGAGGUAAAGCCGGGGAGAACCUUCAAACGCUCAGUAGGUUGUCGGCCGACUGUUGUUGGGAUGAAGUUUUCAACAAGGCCUCAAACCUGAAGAACUUAGGGAUUCGAGGGAAACUAAGCACUCUCUUGCAGGCUAGGUGCUUGGCGGGAUUGGAUCGUCUUCAAAAGCUGAAGCUAGUCUAUGAUGUAUUUCCUGAUGUGAUAUCUCAUCUUCCAUUGCGCGGUCUCCCUUCUCCAGACAGAUUCCCACCAAAUCUAAAGAUCUUGAAAUUGUCGUGCACGUUCCUCGAUUGGAAGCAUAUGGCCACUUUGGGAUCACUCCCUUCUCUUGAGGUCCUCAAACUUAAAGAAAAUGCUUUCAUGGGGAAGUUCUGGAGUGCCGUUGGUGGCAACUUUCCUUCUCUUGAAGUCUUGCACAUUGCACGCACGGACUUAGAGUUCUGGACUGCCUCGGAGGUUCCUUCCCCUCCGUUCCCUAAACUCCAAUGUCUCGUGCUUAGGAACUGCGAGAAGCUUGAAGAAAUCCCACCUCAGCUGGAGAAAAGCCUCCAAAUUUUGGACAUCGAACGUGUCACGAGAUCCUUUGUUCAAUUUGCCAGGGAAAUGGAGAAGAGAAAACAACAGAUCCCAGAUCAACAAAGAGGGAAAACAGGUGCAUUUAAGCUCAUUAUUGCUCCUGGAGAUGGACGUUAACCCGUUGAUCGAACCCAAACUGCUCUUGUAAGUAUCUCAUCUUGUCGUUUCGACUUUGCAACAUGAAUAUCAUAAGUUGCUUUUUCAUUUUGUUCAAACUGCUUGAGAUUAUACUAGAGUGAUGAUCAAUGAACUACAUUUAUAUAUAUAUAUACUUUGAUGGGAGAACUCCACGCUAUGUUGCUUGGUAUUGGCUUUUGUCUCGAGAAUGAUCUCGGGCUGAUCGAGGUGCUCUCGGAUUCUCUUCUAGCUAUCUAUGUCAUCUACGAUGAUGCUUGUAAAGGUACAGAAUCACUACAUGAUUUGAGUUAUUCGAAGCCUUUAUGCAGGCGAAGGAGCAUAUUGUGUUAGAUUUGAGCAUAUUGUGUAAUGAGGUCAAUCUAAUAGCUCUUUGUUUGGCGAAUUUUGUCUGUUUAAUAUAAUGAUGUAAUGAUCUAGAAAUUGAAUUUUUCAGUUUGUCUUGAUGGUAUUGCUCGUCGUGGUUUGCAAUAAAAUCGUUUCCUUUUUCCUCUAAAAGAAA